CAGACACACAGACAGACAGACACACACCCACAACAGACAGACAGGGACAGACUCAAACUUCACGUGGCUCUGAGAUGUCUGCAGUCUGACGCGUCCUGCUGUUUCCUCCAGACUCCAGAAUCAAGAGGAGCAGAACAUGGCCGCGGCUGACGCCCUCUGCUUCACGUUGUGGAUCUCCACAGUCGUCAGCGCCGGGCUCGGCUGCCCUGAGCUCUGCAGCUGCCUCAAUAGAAAUGCUGAAUGCUCCUUCAGAGACUUCACAGAGGUCCCCAGUGGUUUCCCUUCCAACGUCAUCAGAUUGAGUCUCACCGCCAACAAGAUCAGCCUGAUUCCGCGGGGGAGCUUCGACAAUGUGAUCCAGGUGACGUCCCUGUGGUUGGCCCACAACGGGAUCGUCUCUAUCGAACAGGGGACCCUCGCUCCUCUGGUUCAUCUGCGUAACGUUGACAUUAGCCACAAUAAAAUCGUGGAUUUUCCCUGGGAGGAUCUGCAGAACCUCACGGGACUGCAUCUGCUGAGGAUGGACCACAACGAGAUGACCCACCUGCCGAGGAACGCCCUCUCCAACCUGAAAGACCUGAGGUCCCUGCGACUGGACAACAACAGGUUCACAACCAUCGCAGAGGGGACGUUUGACGGUUUGGCGUUUUUGUCCCAUUUGCAGAUUAACAACAACUUGUUUGCGUGCACCUGCUCCCUCGACUGGCUCCGAGCCUGGAUUUCAACGACCAGCAUCUCGAUCCUGGAGCAGAACUCGAUUGUUUGUGAAAGUCCAGAGAAACUCAAAGGAGAAGUGAUCGGAGAGUUCCCAGAGUCAAAGUGCAAAAGCCCAAAUGUCACAAUAAAAACAAAUAUCCAUGACUCGGCUGUCGCAGAGGGGAGAACUCUGGUCCUGACUUGUGAGUUCAAAGGAAACCCGAAGCCCCUCGUGCUCUGGAACAUCUGCAGCAGGAGCCUGAAGCAGGAAGUGGCUCUGUCGUUCACCGAGGACGACUCAGCAGAAUCCAACGAGGACUUUGCUCUGUCCCAUCAUCGCCUCAGAGUCUUCAACAACGGGACUCUGAUCAUUCCAAGCCUGAGGAGAGAAGACGCCGGGAACUACAGCUGCUCGGCCACAAACGAGGUGGGCAGAGCCGACGACUCGGUGGCGGUGGCGGUGACGGCUUCACCGCAGCGAACGCCCAUAGGGCAGUGGACCACGACGCCCACUCAUAUCCAAUCACCCCCCACAACAGAGGAAACACCCGACUCUGACUCGGUGCGUCUGCCGGUUGUGAAGACACAAGACGUCCUGAGCGCUAACCCGACCGUCUCGUCCACUGGAGAGAUCCAGUCUCCGUCUCACGAUGAGGACACUCCGUCACCUGCCGGUCGAUGUGGCCUGACGGCGAACACCCGGUACAUCUCUAACCACGUGGUGAACGGCAGCCUGGAGGACAUCAAACACUACACCUUUGACUUUGGCGUCAUUGCCUUGGGGGUGUCAGAGACGGAGGCCACAGUGCGACUCAGCCCGCUUCUCAUACCCCGAGAGAAGAGCGUCAACCGGGCUGCUCCGACCUCAGGGAGCCCCCCCGCCGACAGCAGUGAAGGUCAUGACCUUUCAGACGUCUCCGUCCACACCAAUGGAUUGUACCUGUGCGUCUCCGCCGAUCGCCAACACUCGGCCGUGCAGUGGUCGAGGAUCAGAGAGGGCGUCAGCACCUACCUGUUCAGCGGGUUACGCCCCGGCACCAACUACUCCCUGUGUCUGACCUACAGGGGGGAGGACUGCGAGGUGCAGGUGCUGUUCACCACCAGGAGGAGGGUCCCCAACCUGCUCAUCAUCGUCUCCGUCAGCAUCUGCCUCCUCACCGUGUCCACCGUGCCGCUGCUCGGCGCCACCUGCUUCCACCUGGUCUACAAGUACCGCGGCAAGACGUACAAGCUGAUCCUGAAGGCCAAGGACCAGUGCCACAUGGAGAGGAACCUCGCCGCCAACUUCCACAUCCGAGCGCCGCACACCGACUCCCGCAGGAAGAUCAACGGCAGCCAGCUGGACGAGGAGGAGGGGGAGAGCGUGGGCGAAGGGGGGGGCGACCCGGCGGACAGCGUGGUGACCGAGUCGCUCACUUUGUCCCAGUGCCGGGGAAACGUAGAUGACUGCGAGGUCGGAUCUGAGUUCAGUGAUAAGUUGCCUCUGGGAGCUGAAGCUGUGAAUAUCACCAGCAACUUCAAAUAUCCCAAUCAGUAAAUGAUGAGGGAUUCUAAUAAUGAUUCGUGGGUUGUUUGUUAUUCGGUUACAAGGUGAGACAGGUUGAGUCUGUGGUCGAGGUUCUGUGAAGCUUUUGCAUAAGCAGCAAAGAAAUACUGGAGACUUAAAAAUCAUAUGUAUACGUCACUGAAAACUGACUCGUGCUCAUUUAGUUUAUUUUGUCUCAUUCAUGUAAACAACUUAAAAAAACGUCCAUAAACAACAACUAGAAAAGCUAAAUAACAACGAGCUUGUGUUCGGCUAAGAGCAAAGAUUUAAUUAGGAUUAUUAUUCCGGGCGAGGCUUUCUUCUAAUCGUGUGUAAAAAUAGUGUCAAAGACUUUAAGAAAUAAAUGUUUGUUCUUUCUUCAGUCAAAUGAAAAAUGUUCCGUCUGGUAAAUAAGAAGCUUCACGCAGCCGCCUGCCUCUCAUAUCAAAUAUAAUAUGAAUAUCGUAGACUAGAUGUGAGCAGGAGUAACUGUAACUUCAAUGUUCUAAUAAUCUGCUUCAAGCUGUGGAUCUAAUCUGUGGCUUUACUGUAUCUUGAGAAUACAAUGUUGAUGAAGUCUGUGUCUCAGAGACGGAUGAGUCUCGUGUGCAGAGCUCCGUGUUGAACUGGGAUCGAUCCUAUGGAGAGAGCUGUUUUCAUGAGUGUUUGUUAAACCAGUUAAAUUCAGUAUCAUCCAUCACGUCCUCACCAGUAAAAGCCCCAGUGAGUGUGUAUGUGAAGCUACUGGGCUUGUACCCAGGUCACGUGACCAUCCUGUUGAGAUAAACCUGCUUUUAACUGUGUAGAUAUCGAACACGCCCUCUAGUGGAAUACUCCAGUAACAGUAGCAUGUAUACUCGUAGUAGAGAAACAAGUAUACAAACUAUUACACUUUUUCUUUGUGAACAUAUACUAUACCUCCGUCCCCAGAUAACCUGCAUGCUGCCGGUUGUUGCAGUUUGUCGUGUCUCGUGAACAAAUUGUCAAACAAAAGUUCUGCAGUUGUGUCUUUUUUCAGUUUGAGUAAAUGAAAUAUUAUGUUUUUAACAGAGUGUUUAAACAUUCUCAUGAGCUUUGACCUGCUGACCCUUUGU